UUCUCUUUUGAACUUCAUUCUCUUAUUGUGCUUUAAAAAAAAAUAUUUUUUUAUUAAAGUUAAAUUUAACAUAUUCAGUUUUAUUUUUAUGUUUAUUUAUAAGAUUUUUAAAAAUAGUGAACAACAAUAUUAAAUAUAAAAAAUGUAUUUUUCAUCUUCUUCUGCAUUUCAGCCCUUCAAAAAACGUGUGGUUGAACAACAACCUAAUUAUUCACAACCCCCUUACGAUGGAUCACAGAAUCAACGACCAAUUCAACAAGUUCAAUACAUUCAAUAUAUACCAGCAAACGAAUGCAAUAUAGAAACAUUGCAGCAAUCUUACAAACAACAGAACCAACAAAUUCGUUCUCAACUCCCAGAACAACCACAAAUUAUUAAAAUUGAACGAAUUGAAGCACCAAUGAUGCUUAAUGCAUGGACACAAACUAACUCUGAUGAUUUCCCACCGUUAACAACCUUUAACGAGGCUAUACUUAUGGCAAAUAUUAAAAGGCUUGAGCAAAAACUCCAAGCUCAAUCUGAUAUGAUCGAGAAAAUGAGUCGACCAAAAACUCGAAGUCCAACUCCUGUUCGGAUGGUUUCCCAACAACCAAAUAUUGUUUCAGAAUUGUCCCCUAUUGAAUAUAGAAUAAUAAAUAAAACCAAUUUGCCCAAUAACGAAACUCAAAUCGAGAUAGAAAUAAGCGAUGAUAACUCAAAAGACAACAUUCCAUACCAAACCGUUCCUGACACACUCAACUCGGAACAAAAAGAGAAUGAAUUCGUUGAGCAUAUGUAUGCUCAGAUCAGAUCAUCAAAGAGUCCAAAUUCGAAUAAUGCUCCAAAGGUGACGACAACGGAUCAUUCAGAAGUCCCAAUGGUUUCAAUUGGACCAAACAACACCAGAGUUCCACAAGCCGAGUUCGAGAAAAUAUCAUGGUCUUCAGCUUCAAUAGCAACAAGAAAGUUGCUAGGAUUCAUAUUUGAUCGUGAAACUUUGGCUACACAUUCUAUGACUGGAAAAGCUUCGCCUGCAUUCAAAGACCUCGAUAAGCCUAUCAAGAGAAAACUUGAAUCAAAAGCUAUUGAAGAUAUUAUAUUUGUUGUAACGACCAAGUGUGGGGUCUCGGCAAAGGAAGUUCGAUCAGCUAUUACAACUAAAUGUGCAGAUGAAAAUAAAAUGUUAAAACUAAAGGCUCUUAAAAAUAUGCAUGCAAAAAGAUCAAUAUUAACCGAAAACAAAAAGAAUAAAGCUUAAAAGUUUUUUGCUGUUUGUUGUGAAAUGUGUAAAUAAAUGUACAAAAUAUAAAGUUUUUAAUCUAAGUUAGAUUUAAUUAAAAUGUUUUAAUUUUAAUUAUAACUAGAUGUACGUUACGAGUAAAACAAAUAAGGCUUUUUUUGUAACCACAGAUGUAAGUUUAAAAAUAUUUGGUUUGUAUAGUUUUUUUUUAACUACAAAAAAGACUUAUUCAAUGUAAAAGUUGAAAAAAAGGUGACAAGAAACAACAAAAGCCAGCUUAAGAUAACAAAAGCCUGCUUAAGAUAACUUAAAUAAGUAAUUUCUUUUUGUGCACCAAAAUGAAAAAGCCUUUUUUCUGAUCC